GAAGGCGGAAGUGGAGCGGCGAAGGGCUUGAGGACGGAGACGAGUUGAACGGGAGCUGCCCGAAGAAAGAACACACGAAAAUCACUCAACAACACGCGCAACGUGCGUCCGUGCAACUUACGCGAGACGCCGACGUAGUGAUGGCCAGAUUGUCAUAGGGAGUGUUCACCUCACUCCUGGGAUCAUGGCUGAUGCCGCCGCCGCAACGAAGAAGAGGUCUACCAAGGCGGGAGGCGUUCGCUUCUCGGAGAAAGCCCCGGUGGCCGGUGCCCAGGGGGGCGGUGCCCAGGGGGGCGGUGCCCGGGCGGCCGCCACCCAGGCGCCCGGCGCCCCGUCUCACGUCCACUUUGACGACAAGCUGCACGACUCCGUCAUCAUGGUCACGGCGGAGGAUGACGGCAGCUUCUUGGUCAAGUUGGGCUUCCUGAAGGCGCAGCACCGCUACGAAAUUGCCUUCACCCUGCCCGAGGUGCCGGCUCUCGGCAAGGAGGUGUGUCUGGCGCCCAGGCCGAGCCCCCAUCUGCGGGUCAUCGACGUCUCGCCUGCUCCCGAAGGUGACACGCGGGAAGCACUGGCUUUUUUUUUGGUAUCUAUGGCGUCCCCCCUCACCCAGCCCCUCCCUCCCUCCCUCCCUCCCCCUGCAGGUGGUCUGAAAAUGAUGUGCGAGUACAUGGCUCAACAGGAGGGGGUGCUGUGUGAGCAGGUGCAGCUGCUGAGCGAGGCCAACGACGACGUCUGCAUCACGGUCAAAGUUCACGCCAGAGUCAUGGACCGCCAUCACGGCACGCCCAUGCUGCUGGAGGGCAUUCGCUGCAUCGGCGUGGAGCUGGAGUACGACUCGGAGCAAAGCGACUGGCAAGGCUUCGACUGACUCUCCUUAUUGCGCGCAUGUGACCCAAACUUGUGAGCAUCACUUCAUCAGCAAAAAAAAAAAAGACACUUAUCAGGCGGCUUUGCUAAUGCUAACGCUACCACUCCUUGCUAUUUGGUUUUGACAGGCUAGUGCUUUGGCCGCCACUUGAAAGUGUCUCUUUUGCUCCGGAUCUUCCUCCAGUUUCGCUGCGUUUUGUAAAUUGAUCCAAACAUGAUAAAAACUAGGCUUGUUGCGAAAUAAGACAUGGCAAGAUGUGCGGGACUCAAAUGUUUGUUUACAAGCCAUAAGUUCCCUUUAAAGGCUGAAAAGCUCACAUUAUUCUAGGAGGCCUACUUGUGUCUGCUUCUGUGUUGGUAUUCAACAAGUGCCUUCCUCCUCCUCCUCCUUCCUGUCGUCACACUUCCUGCCACGUCCUGGACGAGGAUGAGGAGAACCAAUCCUCGUGGACAUCAAUCGUCAUAUUUCUAGUUAUCUUACUGUCUUCAGCAUUAAGUGAAGAGUUCUUGUUUCGUGAAUGUCAAACUUGUCAUUUUUGUAUUUGCCUCGAAUAAAUUGAAGCGUUUCUAUGUGA